GUCGUCACUCAGUGUUCUCCGUUAUCUUUCUGUCUGCCAUGUGCCUUUCCUCUUUUUCUUUUCUCCUCUGACAUUGUCUUUAAUAGUUUUUGUGAUGGUUAUUUUAAAAACAUUGAUCACUGUUCUUGAAAUAAUGGAAUUCUUCCUGGAGCAGCGCUGUUCUGGAGAGUAGUUGGGAGAAGGCCUAGCGAAUAUCCCCAAGGAGUCUGUGGAUAUCAUUCAGGGGAGAUCUGUGAGUUUGGAUGGGAAGAAUGUUCUCCUCUUUAUUUUCUCUAAUGAAUUCCUUGUUCUGACAAAGGAUGUAUCCGCGUCAUCGGUCAUCAGACUGACAGCGAGUUUCGGGCACUGGAACAGUGCGAGGCCCAGGCCUGGGGACGUGCUGGCAGGGCAGGCAGCGUGAGUCCGGCCUUCCUGCUUUCAUCCUGUGCUCUCCGCUCCUCUUUGUGGGGUGUAGUCCUCUGCAGACUAACAGGAAGUUUCCUUGACUCACACCAAAACCUACAUGUCACAGAUUUUGGGUGAUUUAACUUGCACUUCUCAGUGACUGGUGUCAGCAUGGUUGAGGCUGGUCUCGACCUGCAGUUUCUCCCACACUGGGAACAGACAACCACCUGCUCUGGCAGAUGUUCAUCCGUGUUUCCUCCCCAUUUCCUGCUGUCACUCACCGUGUCCAAAGAGGUUUCGGGGUUCGCCCAUGGACUUGACCUUGCGGUUCCAAAGAGAGCGGGGCUCAGGGUUGAGUAUUCCACGAGUUUGUGCUUCAGGCCUGGAAAAACUUUGAUUCUCUUUGCCACCCCUGAGGUCUACAGAGGGUCUCCCUCAUCCCGUCCCUCCUCUUCCCAGUCCCAGGUGCCAAGCACCUGGGGGUCAGUCCCCCACUGAGUGGUGGCUUCAUAGAAGUGGAGAUUCCUUUUCUGUUUCUCUUUCUUGUUGUUCUUAGUUGAUUUUAGAAAUGACACGGGGGGCUAGAGCUUUCCCCCUGCCCUCUUUAUCAGGAACUCUUUUUAGCUUUUUCUGUAACUUUUUAACAAAUUGCUGAUGUUAUUUGCAACAAACAGAUGAUGCAGAAUUGUGUGAAGCAGAAACUUCUUCCAACUCAGUCCUCUUUUCGGGGUGAUCUUGGAGGCAAAAGUGGGAAACCUUUCUUCCAUGGCUCAGGACACACUCCCGGAUCAAGCCAACAGGAGAACUUUCUGUGUGGACCGAAGCCUAAGGACCCUGAAAACAGCUGCAGAUGAAGAUGGCAAGCACCCGCUGCAAGCUGGCCAGGUACCUGGAGGACCUGGAGGAUGUGGACUUGAAGAAAUUUAAGAUGCACUUAGAGGACUACCCUCCUCAGAAGGGCUGCAUCCCCCUCCCGAGGGGGCAGACAGAGAAGGCAGACCAUGUGGAUCUAGCCACACUAAUGAUCGACUUCAAUGGGGAGGAGAAGGCGUGGGCCAUGGCCAUGUGGAUCUUCGCUGCGAUCAACAGGAGAGACCUUUAUGAGAAAGCAAAAAGAGAUGAGCCGAAGUGGGGUUCAGAUAAUGCACGUGUUUCUAAUCCUGCCGUGAUAUGCCAGGAAGACAGCAUUGAAGAGGAGUGGGUGGGUUUACUGGAGUACCUUUCGAGAAUCUCUAUUUGUAAACAGAAGAAAGAUUACUGUAAGAAGUACAGAAAGUACGUGAGAAGCAGAUUCCAGUGCAUCGAAGACAGGAAUGCCCGUCUGGGUGAGCGUGUGAGCCUCAACAAACGCUACACACGACUGCGCCUCAUCAAGGAGCACCGGAGCCAGCAGGAGAGGGAGCAGGAGCUUCUGGCCAUCGGCAAGACCAAGACGUGUGAGAGCCCCGUGAGUCCCAUUAAGAUGGAGUUGCUGUUUGACCCCGAUGAUGAGCACUCUGAGCCUGUGCACACCGUGGUGUUCCAGGGAGCAGCAGGGAUUGGGAAAACAAUCCUGGCCAGGAAGAUUAUGUUGGACUGGGCGUCGGGGACACUCUACCAAGACAGGUUUGACUAUCUGUUCUAUAUCCACUGUCGGGAGGUGAGCCUUGUGACACAGAGGAGCCUGGGGGACCUGAUCAUGAGCUGCUGCCCUGACCCAAACCCACCCAUCCACAAGAUCGUGAGAAAACCCUCCAGAAUCCUCUUCCUCAUGGAUGGCUUCGACGAGCUGCAAGGUGCCUUUGAUGAGCACAUAGGACCGCUCUGCACUGACUGGCAGAAGGCCGAGCGGGGAGACAUUCUCCUGAGUAGCCUCAUCAGAAAGAAGCUGCUUCCCGAGGCCUCUCUGCUCAUCACCACGAGACCUGUGGCCCUGGAGAAACUGCAGCACUUGCUGGACCAUCCUCGGCAUGUGGAGAUCCUGGGUUUCUCCGAGGCCAAAAGGAAAGAGUACUUCUUCAAGUACUUCUCUGAUGAGGCCCAAGCCAGGGCAGCCUUCAGUCUGAUUCAGGAGAACGAGGUCCUCUUCACCAUGUGCUUCAUCCCCCUGGUCUGCUGGAUCGUGUGCACUGGACUGAAACAGCAGAUGGAGAGUGGCAAGAGCCUUGCCCAGACAUCCAAGACCACCACUGCGGUGUACGUCUUCUUCCUUUCCAGUUUGCUGCAGCCCCGGGGAGGGAGCCAGGAGCACCGCCUCUGCGCCCACCUCUGGGGGCUCUGCUCUUUGGCUGCAGAUGGAAUCUGGAACCAGAAAAUCCUAUUUGAGGAGUCUGACCUCAGGAAUCAUGGGCUGCAGAAGGCGGAUGUGUCUGCUUUCCUGAGGAUGAACCUGUUCCAGAAGGAAGUGGACUGCGAGAAGUUCUACAGCUUCAUCCACAUGACUUUCCAGGAGUUCUUUGCCGCCAUGUACUACCUGCUGGAAGAGGAAAAGGAAGGAAGGACGAACCUUCCAGGGAGUCGUUUGAAGCUUCCCAGCCGAGAUGUGACCGUCCUUCUGGAAAACUAUGGCAAAUUCGAAAAGGGGUAUUUGAUUUUUGUUGUACGUUUCCUCUUUGGCCUGGUAAACCAGGAGAGGACCUCCUACUUGGAGAAGAAAUUAAGUUGCAAGAUCUCUCAGCAAAUCAGGCUGGAGCUGCUGAAAUGGAUUGAAGUGAAAGCCAAAGCCAAGAAGCUGCAGAUCCAGCCCAGCCAGCUGGAACUGUUCUACUGUUUGUACGAGAUGCAGGAGGAGGACUUCGUGCAAAGGGCCAUGGACUAUUUCCCCAAGAUUGAGAUCAAUCUCUCCACCAGAAUGGACCACAUGGUUUCUUCCUUUUGCAUUGAGAACUGUCAUCGGGUGGAGUCACUGUCCCUGGGGUUUUUCCAUAACAUGCCCAAGGAGGAAGAGGAGGAGGAAAAGGAAGGCCGACACCUUGAUAUAGUGCAGUGUGUCCUUCCAGGCUCCUCUCAUGCUGCCUGUUCCCAUGGAUUGGUGAACAGCCAUCUCACUUCCAGUUUUUGCCGGGGCCUCUUUUCAGUUCUCAGCACCAGCCAGAGUCUAACUGAAUUGGACCUCAGUGACAAUUCUCUGGGGGACCCAGGGAUGACAGUGUUGUGUGAAACGCUCCAGCAUCCUGGCUGUAACAUUCGGAGAUUGUGGUUGGGGCGCUGCGGCCUCUCGCAUGAGUGCUGCUUCGACAUCUCCUUGGUCCUCAGCAGCAACCAGAAGCUGGUGGAGCUGGACCUGAGCGACAACGCCCUUGGGGACUUCGGGAUCAGACUCCUGUGUGUGGGACUGAAGCACCUGUUCUGCAAUCUAAAGAAGCUCUGGUUGGUCAGCUGCUGCCUCACAUCAGCAUGUUGUCAGGAUCUUGCAUCAGUCCUGAGCACCAACCAUUCCCUGACCAGACUCUACAUGGGGGAGAAUGCCCUGGGAGACUCAGGAGUCGCAAUUUUAUGUGAAAAAGCCAAGGAUCCACAAUGUAACCUGCAGAAACUGGGGUUGGUGAAUUCUGGCCUUACGUCGGUCUGUUGUUCAGCUUUGUCCUCGGUACUCAGCACUAAUCAGAAUCUCACGCACCUUUACCUGCGAGGCAACACUCUCGGAGACAAGGGGAUCAAACUACUCUGUGAGGGACUCUUGCACCCCGACUGCAAGCUUCAGGUGUUGGAAUUAGACAACUGCAACCUCACGUCACACUGCUGCUGGGAUCUUUCCACACUUCUGACCUCCAGCCAGAGCCUGCGAAAGCUGAGCCUGGGCAACAAUGACCUGGGCGACCUGGGGGUCAUGAUGUUCUGUGAAGUGCUGAAACAGCAGAGCUGCCUCCUGCAGAACCUGGGAUUGUCUGAAAUGUAUUUCAAUUAUGAGACAAAAAGUGCGUUAGAAACACUUCAAGAAGAAAAGCCUGAGCUGACCGUCGUCUUUGAGCCUUCUUGGUAGGGGUGGAAACAGGGCUGCCAGACGCCAGUGUUCUCCGGGCCCUCCAGCCGGGGGUCCUCAGGUGGAGUGAGCCGCGAUCCAUCAGGCCAAGACCACAGCUCUGUGAUCCUUCCGGUGGAGUGUCGGAGAGGAGAGCUUGUCGACGAUGCCUUCGUGUACAGAGCUUGGGCAUCUGCUUUACGCCCGGGUGAGGAAGACCAGGACAAUGACAGCAUCGGAUGUUGUUCUCAUCACAGCGCCUCAGUGAGAGGAUGUUCCUCUUGGUGACCUCAUGUAAUUAGCUCCUUCAAUAAAGCACUUUCUUUGUCUCUAUUUUUCUCUUCUCACUGUCUUUUUUUCCCAUCUUUUUUUCUUCUUUGUUCUGUUUACUUUUGCUCAUAUCAUAAUUCCUGCUAUCUUUGUAUUAACUGACCACAACACAGAACUAGUUGACUAUAUAUUAUGUUGAAAUU